ACAGUCAAUAUAUAUUUAAUUUAAUUAACUAUAGUGAAAAGUCUAAUUACAAAGUGUAGUAAUUAAUAAGCACGUUUUGUGUACAGUAUUGUAUAUAACCUCUUAAAAUACGCACGCGUGAACACGUGUUAUAUUUUGACACAUUGCAUUAGCGAAAGAAAAAUUAGCGAAGCAUUUAAUUAAAAAAACAUUAAGCGCGGGAUCAUGUCUAUGACACUGGCAUUACCCCAAAAGAAAUAUUAUAGACAACGUGCACAUUCGAAUCCGAUAGCUGAUCAUUGCAUCGAAUAUCCCAUAAAACCAGAAUUAAUGGAUUGGAGUGCCUUGUAUCCACAAUAUUUUUCUGGCAAUACUGAAGAAACACAGAAAUGCGUAGAAUUUGCAGAUGUUGGUUGCGGCUAUGGAGGAUUGCUGGUUGCCUUAUCGCCAAUGUUUCCCAAUAGUCUAAUACUUGGUAUGGAAAUCAGAGUAAAAGUGUCAGAUUAUGUUAUGGAUCGCAUUGCUGCCUUGCGUUCGCAAAAGCCUGGUCAAUAUCAAAACAUUGCCUGCCUGAGAACGAAUGCCAUGAAAUACUUACCAAAUUAUUUCUUUAAAGGACAAUUAAAGAAGAUGUUUUUCUUGUAUCCAGACCCACAUUUCAAAAAAUCAAAACAUAAGUGGAGAAUAAUAAACAAAUCUUUAUUAGCAGAAUAUGCUUAUGUGUUAGCUGAAGGAGCAAUUGUAUACACUGUAACAGAUGUAGAAGAUUUGCAUGAAUGGAUAGUUCAACAUUUUCAAGAACACCCAUUGUUUGAAGAAGUUACUAAACAGGAUUUGGCGACAGAUCCUGUAGUAGAAAAAUUAUAUGAAAGUACUGAAGAAGGUCAAAAAGUAAGCAGAAACAAAGGAAAUAAAUUUUUAGCUGUAUUUAGAAGGAUCGCAGAUACUUACAUUGCAACAAGCAGCUAGCAGCAAAACUGUAUAUAUACAUUAAUAUCUGAUAUCUGAUGAUUAUAUGGCGAAAGAUAUUCUUGAUGAUAAUCUUGUUGGCACAUAAAGAUCUUCAUCGUCUUUACGUAAUUGUGUUUCUAAAACGG